ACUAAUAAUAACUUGCCUUACAAAUUUUCUCUGUGUAUUGAUUACAGAGCUGAGACACUGAGUUUGAAAAAUGUGAAAGAAGUGGAACAUAAAUACAAGACAGAAGAUAACUGUGAAUCACUAAAACAGGUAAAGAUAGUUUCAGCCAACAACCCGUUAAUCUUUCUGAAUGCCAGGAAAUUUCGUGCUGACCUGAUAAAGAUAAUCCAAAACGAUAGCAUGAGCAGCCAGGCAUGUGAAGAUGUCAGCAAGUGUGAGCAGAACACACUGCUCUGUUCAUUUUCCAAUGGAAGCUGUCACGGUGAGUCGUUGCAGUCAUGUCACAGCGAUCGACGUGUUUUGAUAUUAGACUGCAGUGGACUGAGUUUCUUUGACUACACUGGUGUCUCAGAGCUGCUUCAGAUUUACAUGGACUGUAAAAACAGACACAUCGAUGUGUUGCUCGCACACUGCAAAGCUUCCUUGAAAAAAGCAAUGCAGUACGGUGGAAAUCUUGAAUCUGAAAAUCCUGUCUUCUUUGAUUCUAUUUCUUCAGCAAUCGAUGCCAUUCAAAUUCACAGGGCUGUAAACAUGGUCUUUCCUCAUAAAGCAUCACUGGAGCAGAUUGAUCAGAGAGACUGUAGAGUCUGCAUCCUUGGAGAUAUUCAAACUCCAGCUGAUCAUGGCCCUGAGCAACCUGCUAUAGCUGACCCUGCUCUGAGCAUCGUCUCUAGAGAUACCUCCAACCUCAUUCGGUUGGAGGUUGGAGGUGACCAGGAGAGGGUCUUUGAAGAUCUCCAGAGGCAGAUUUUUUCUGGCAAGCUGAGGCAUCUAAUGAGCAACAGCCUCCCCUCUGGGGGCCUUAGAAAGAGGAUGGAGUUUACUGCUGAUUAUAUAGGAUAUCGCUUUAACCGGACAGAGUAUGCCAAAAUUUAG